AUGGACUUGGACGAAUUCAAAUCAAUUGCCAUCCCUGUUGGCACGAGUGCUUCCACCUGUGGGUAUUGCUCACCGCCUGGUCAACGGUCCACAGAGUCUACGAAUUUUCGUUCUACUGCACUGGAAGCCAUCAGGAUUUCAUGCACGACCUUCUCUGAGCAGGUAUACCAGGGCAUGAUUGAUCGUGGCUGGCGUCGCUCUGGCAAGUUUUCAACCUUGCUUGCCGCGAUGGCUGAUCGUAAUAACAAAAGAUUAUAUCUAGGGACCUACUGUUAUAAACCUGAUCUUCGACGUUCAUGCUGCCCGCAGUAUACAAUAAAGUAUACUUGA